AUGCUGGCGUGUGUAGGGUUCUUCUCCUCCUCAGGCAUGGCUUACUCGUUCCAGGUUAUGUGCGUUCCAUACGAGGAGACAACGGAGGGGUUUGAGAUGCAGAUAGGGGUGAACUAUAUCGGCCAUUUCCUGUUCACAAAAUUGCUGAUCCCGAUACUCCAGAAGACAGCAGAAAUGACCGAAAAGGGAAGCGUGCGUAUUGUGAAUGUAUCUAGCGACGGGCACGCCAAACUCGCACCUAAGGAGGGCAUAAUAUUUUCAGACAUGAACAUGAAGGAUAAUUUCUCUGUCUGGGCCCGAUACGGCCACUCGAAGCUUGCCAACGUUCUGCAUUCGAAAGCAUUGGCGAAGAGGUAUCCAAACAUUCUUACAUUGUCCUUGCAUCCGGGAACGGUAAAGACGAACCUAUCCGCAGGGCCGAUCUCGUCAACUCCGCUCUAUCGGCUGAUAAAGCCUCUUGUUGAGCUGGGUGCGCCUGGUCCACGGAAGGGGGCAGCGAAUAUUCUUUUCGCCGCCGUGUCGCCGAAGCUACGGCUAGAGUGCGACAAUGGAGCAUAUCUGCUGCCAAUUGGAAAGGUGUCUGCGCCUAGUAAAGUGGGAUCAGACCCGAAGAUGGCGGAGGAUCUCUGGGAGUGGACGAUGAAGGCCCUUAGAAGUCGAGGGUAUGAAUAG